CAGAGCUUCAGCCCGCAAUUAACCCUGAGGGAAACGCUGAGGAAAGGCUCCAUUUCAGCCUUUCUUUACUGGUUGCUGUGAAGGGACCAAAAUCAAAAGAGAACAAGCAGGGCCUGACCCCUUCUCCUUUGGGAGGAGCCCCAGGCCUGGGGCUGUGAGGGGCCAUGAGGGGCUGUGAGGGGCCAUGAGGGCUGUGAGGGGCUGUGAGGGGCCAUGAUGGGUUGUGAGGGCCCAUGAGGUACCAUGAGAAGCCGUGAGGGGCUCUGAGGAGCCAUGAGAGACUGUGGAGGGCUGUAAGGAGACAUGAGGAGCUAUGAGGAUCUGUGAGGGGCUAUGAGUGCUGUGAGGGGCUAUGAGGGGCCAUGAGGAGCUGUGAGGGGCUAUGAGGGGCCAUGAGCUGUGAAGGGUCAUGAGGGGUCAUGAGGAGAUUUGAGGGGCCAUAAGGGGCUCUGAGGGGCCAUGAAGGGAUAUUAGGGACCUUGAUGGGGAAAAGGGUCCCUGAGAAGCUGUGGGAGGCCAGGCACCUCAUGGAACCACGGGUCAGUUAUAAAACUGCAGAACCAAGGAGACUGCUGUUGAGCAUUAUGAAAGCUCAUGGAACCAAAAGUCCAUUGUGACAUUGAGGGACCUCAUGGGACCAUGGAGAUUAUUAGAACAGUUUGGGACCCUUUGGAACCAAAGGGCCAUUGUGACACUGCAGGCCUCCAUGAAACUAAGAACUCAUGUAACAGUGAGGAGCCCAAUGGAAUCAGGGGGCCAUUCCAUAUUUCAGGGCCUCAUGGAAGCAAGGUGCCCUUGUGACACUGCAGGACCUCCUAGAACCCUGGAGACCAUUCUGACACUUUGAGGCCGUGUUGAAUCAAGGGGUUUGCAGGGCUUUGUGGAACCAAGGAGCUCUCUGUGACACUGCAGGGCCUCCUGGAAGCAAUGAGACCAUUCUGGCAUUCUAGGUCCCCAUGGCACCAAGGGGCCAUUGUGACAACUGUGGGUCCCCAUGGAAGCAAGGGGCCAGUGUGCCACAGCCAGGCCUUGUGGAACCAAGGGGCCAUUGUGGUCCUGGGGAGCCCAACAGAACCAAGGGACCAUUGUGGCACUCUGCACAGUCCCAUGGAACCAAGGAAAACCAUUUUGACACUGCAAGGCCUCAUGGAAGCAAGGGGCCAUUGUGGCACUGCAGAGCCAAGGAGACCAUUGUGAUAUCACUGGGCCUCAUGGAAACAAAGAUCUCUUGUGAUAAUAUGGGGACUCAUGGAACCAAAGGGCAAUUGUGAUGUUGCAGGGCCCCAAGGAUCCAAGAACAUGGAACAGGUCUGGUUGGCUUGGCCUGACUGGUGCAGCUGAGAUGGCAUGUUGAGGGUUGCUUCUCAUCUUCCCCUAAAACUCUGGAGUUCUGUGCUUUCCUUCCUGUGGGAAAGAACUCUCCCUCUCCUCCAGGGGUUCAUGGCUGAAAUUGGGAUUCUACCUCUAUAUCUGAUUAUAUCUGAAGACUGUUCCCAUAGGAAACCUGCCAGCAAAGACAGCUCUGGAUGGCCUUGGCAUCUUGGGGGCCACCUCUUACCUGCCUUCAAAACACUGGAGGGAUGUGCUUUUCUUUCCAUUGAAAAAAGGAUCUUUGAAGUCCAGGUGUCUAUGGCCACAAUUGGGAAUCUGCCUCUAAAAUUCCUUAUAUCCAAGGACAGCUCCCAGAGAGAAGCUCCCAGGACUGUCCAGGUUCCUUUGGCUUCCUGAGGGCCAGCUCUCAUCUGCCUGUGAAACACUGGGGCUCUGCCCCUGCGGCCACCACCUGCACACACCCAUGUACUUUCUCCUGCUCAACCUGGCCCUCAGUGACCUGGGCUCCAUCUGCACCACUGUCCCCAAAGCCAUGCACAAUUCCCUCUGGGACACCAGCACCAUCUCCUACUCAGGAUGUGCUGUACAGCUCUUUCUGUUUAUCUUCUUCAUUGGAGCAGAGUAUUUCCUCCUGACCAUCAUGUACUUCAACUGCUACGUGUCCAUCUGCAAAGCCCUGCACUCUGGGACCCUCCUGGGCAGCAGAGCUUGUGCCCACAUGGCAGCAGCUGCCUGGGCCACUGCCUUUCUCACUGCUCUGCUGCACAUGGCCAAUACAUUUUCCCUGCCCCUGUGCCAUGGCAAUGCCGUGGGCCAGUUCUUCUGGGAUAUCCCAGCAAUUCUCACGUUCUCCUGCUCCAAAUCCUACCUCAGGGAACUUGGGCUUAUCAUGAUUAGUGUCUUUUUAGCCUCUGCAUGCUUUGUGUUCAUUGUUUUCUCCUACGUGCAGAUCUUCAGAGCUGUCCUGAGGAUCCCCUCUGAGCAGGGUCGGCACAAAGCCUUUUCCACCUGCCUGUCUCACCUGGCCAUGCUCUCCCUAUUCCUCAGCACUGCAGCCUUUGCCUACCAGAAUUCCUCCUCCAUGUCCUCCCCAUCCCUGGAUCUGGUGGUGUCAGUUCUGUACUCAGUGGUGCCUCCAGCCCUGAACCCCCUCAUCUACAGCCUGAGGAACCAGGAGCUCAAGGCUGCAGUGUUGAGACUGAUGAGCGGAGGUUUCAGAAACACUGAACUGCUGGCCAGUUUCUGCAAAUCUCUUGUAAUAGAAGUAAUUUUUGAUACUGCUUGUUGGUUUCAUUUUGGAGGCCCUAUUUCUUUGUUUUCCUUCUUAAUAUUUUCCGCAAAGAAAUGCCAUUGUUUGUGCCAUUGCUCAUUUUGUUUCUCUCCACCUUCCCUGUGGCCACAGACUGUGUCAGUGAGGCGCUGCACUCUCAGUGGUUUUAAAUGAAAGAAAGUAUUUCCCAGCGGAGAUCCUCCUUUUGUUGCCUUCUCUGGAGCUGCAGCAGCGAUGUCUGUGUGCAGAGCUGGGGCAGAUCAGUGCUGGCACAGCAGCUGUGCCCAGCAGCAGCAGCAGCAGCACUUGGUGUUGCCAGUGCUGCUCUCGUGCCCCUGCCCUCUCGGGAUCUCCUCUGGUCAAGGUGAGCCCGAGGUGUGUUAAAAGUCUCUUUUUCCAACCCAGCUGUCAAAGAAGAAGUCAGAAGUCUUCAGCUCGCGUUCUCAAGGUUGUUUAUUAUUUCCUAUCUAAAACAUUUUCUGUCUGGCCUGCCAAGGUGUGUUCAGCAGGGUGCUACCAUCACCAAGAGGAUGGAGGCUAGGAAGAAGAAGGAAGAAGAACAGGACAACGCCCAAAUCCCUCCAUCUUGUCCCCUGGACCCCCAUAGUAAAAUUCUUCCAAAUUCCACCUUUCACCCUGUGACAACUACUGUUAUGCUGCUUCAAGUUUUAUGGCUCGUAAUUCUUCAUAUAAAGUUGGUAAUUUGCUCCAUGGGUGGAACUCAAAGCUGCAGGGGUCUUUGGCUGCAUGCCAGGACUCCCGAGCCCCCUGCCCGGGUCUCGAGCCAUCCAGGGCACCCAGAGGGAUGUCCUGGGUUCCGACACUGCCUCGCUGAAAUAAAUGAGGCAGGAGAUCUUUCUCGUUUUUAAUGCCUUUAUUAAAAAGAAUCAGCUCAGGUGGGGAGAAAUGGACGGGUCGC